CGACUGGAAAUCGGAAUAUCGGAAUCGGCGAGACCUAAAACCGGGCUAUCAUUAUCCGCAAAUUGAUAUAUAUGCAGGUGCAUCCUCAUCAGCAUCUCAAUCAACUGGCAGUUGCCGUAUCUCCGAGGCGUUUCGGGUCCAAAGUAUCGCCUAAAACAUCGCAGUGCCGAUUCCUUCGUCAAUAAGCGGCGCAUUUGACCGCCUGCCAAUAAAAAUGGCUGCCAUAUAAGCACACACCACGGAGGCAACCACACAAAGUCGGAGCUUUGCGAUUAGACAAGCAGAUUUCGGGGAGUUCAAGGAGAGAUCCCCAUCCGCAGCAGUAAGGAAACACCGAAACACCAAGCAGACCAAAGAUGAAUAGCCUGGCGCGGGUCUUCAGCAACUUCCGCGAUUUCUACAACGACAUCAAUGCGGCCACCCUCACGGGAGCCAUCGAUGUGAUCGUGGUGGAGCAGCGGGAUGGCGAGUUCCAGUGCUCACCCUUCCACGUUCGAUUCGGCAAACUGGGAGUGCUGAGGAGUCGGGAGAAGGUGGUGGACAUUGAGAUCAAUGGCGCACCCGUCGACAUCCAGAUGAAGCUGGGCGACUCCGGCGAGGCCUUCUUCGUGGAGGAGUGCCUGGAGGAUGAGGACGAGCCGCUGCCAGCCAACCUGGCCACCUCGCCCAUCCCGAAUAGCUUCCUGCAGUCGCGGGACAAGGCCAAUGACACUAUGGAGGACAUCAGUGGAGUGGUGACCGACAAAAACGCUAGCGAGGAUUUGCUCCUGCCCCUGCCGUUGCCGCGACGCAACUCCAUUGACUUCUCCAAGGAGGAGCCCAAGGAAGCCGCCGUCGAGGGCGGCAAGUUCGAGAACCAGGUCUCGGAUUACACGCAGCGCAGACACACGGACAACACUCUGGAGCGUCGCAAUCUGAGCGAGAAACUCAAGGAGUUCACCACCCAGAAGAUUCGCCAGGAGUGGGCCGAGCACGAGGAGCUCUUCCAGGGCGAGAAGAAGUCGACGGAGUCGGAGCUGGAGAGCCAAAGCAAGGCUUCCAACGAAGCUGAGACCGAGAAGGAAGUGCAGAAGGAGCAGCCCAAACCAGAUUUAACCCUAACUCCGGUCACGACCAGCGAGGCCACCAAGGAGGUGUCCAAGAGCAAGACCAAGAAGCGCCGCAAGAAGUCGCAGAUGAAGAAGAAUGCCCAGCGCAAGACCUCCUCGAGCAGUUCCGUGGGCAGUGCCGCCGGCGGUGAUCUGCCCUCGGUGGAGGCGCCAUCUCUGGGUGUUAGCAACAUCGAUGAGGGUGAUGCCCUAAUAUCCAGUGCCACCAACAACAACAACAACACCUCCUCAUCCAAUGAUGAGCUACCAUCGGCUCCCCUGGUCACCGCCCGCACUGGUGACGAUAGUCCUCUCAGCGAGCUGCCCCACACGCCCACGACCAAUCCCCGUCUCGAUUUGGACAUUCACUUCUUCAGCGACACGGAAAUUGCCACUCCCGUUGGCGGUGGUGUUGGCGGAUCGGGACGCGCCGCCGGCGGACGUCCCUCGACUCCCAUUCAGAGCGACAGUGAGCUGGAGACAACGAUGCGGGACAAGCGGCAUGUGGUGGAUGACGAGAAUGCCGCCUCGUGGAAAUGGGGCGAGCUGCCGACGCCGGAGCAGGCCAAAAACGAGGCCAUGAGCGCCGCCCAGGUGCAGCAGAGCGAGCACCAAUCGAUGCUGAGCAACAUGUUCAGCUUCAUGAAGCGGGCCAAUCGGCUGCGCAAGGAGAAGGGCGUGGGCGAGGUGGGAGAUAUCUAUCUUUCCGAUCUGGAUGCUGGGAGCAUGGAUCCCGAGAUGGCGGCCCUGUACUUCCCCACACCCAAGUCCAAGGAAACCUCGCCGCCGGAGGAGGAUGGCGAGAGCGGCAAUGGCACCAGCCUGCCCCAUUCGCCCAGCUCGCUGGAGGAGGGUCAGAAGAGCAUUGACUCGGACUUUGACGAGACCAAGCAGCAGCGGGACAACAAAUACUUGGACUUUGUGGCCAUGUCCAUGUGCGGCAUGUCGGAGCAGGGAGCACCGCCCUCGGACGAGGAGUUCGAUCGCCACCUGGUCAACUAUCCAGACGUGUGCAAAAGCCCCAGCAUUUUCUCAUCGCCUAACCUAGUCGUACGGCUGAAUGGCAAAUACUACACCUGGAUGGCUGCAUGUCCCAUUGUCAUGACAAUGAUCACCUUCCAGAAGCCACUAACCCAUGAUGCCAUUGAGCAGCUGAUGGCCCAAACGGUGCCUGAGGAUGAGAAGCCGGAAUCGGCCGCCCAGGCUGACAAUGUGGGUCAGACCAAGCGCUACUGGUGGAGCUGGCGGCGCUCGCAGGAUGCGGCACCCAACCAAUUGAGCAGCGUUCAUGGAUUGCCAUUGGGCAAGGAUGAGAAAGAUGGCGAUCAGGCAGCGGUGGCCACGCAAACCUCACGGCCCAACUCCCCAGACAUCAGCGAUCCCACGCUGAGCAAGAGCGACUCACUGGUGAAUGCGGAGAACACCUCGGCCCUGGUGGACAACCUGGAGGAGCUGACCAUGGCCUCCAACAAGAGCGAUGAGCCCAAGGAGCGCUACAAGAAGUCGCUGCGCCUUAGCUCGGCAGCCAUCAAAAAACUAAACCUCAAGGAGGGCAUGAACGAGAUCGAGUUCAGCGUGACCACCGCCUAUCAGGGAACGACGCGCUGCAAGUGCUAUCUGUUCCGCUGGAAGCACAACGACAAGGUGGUGAUCUCCGACAUUGACGGCACCAUCACGAAGUCCGAUGUGCUGGGCCACAUCCUGCCCAUGGUGGGCAAGGAUUGGGCGCAACUCGGGGUGGCGCAGCUCUUUUCGAAGAUCGAGCAGAACGGCUACAAGCUGCUCUAUUUGUCGGCCCGUGCCAUCGGUCAGAGCAGGGUGACACGCGAGUAUCUCCGGUCGAUCCGGCAGGGCAACGUGAUGCUUCCCGACGGACCGCUGCUCCUAAAUCCCACGUCCCUGAUCUCGGCCUUCCACCGCGAGGUGAUCGAGAAGAAACCGGAGCAGUUCAAGAUCGCCUGCCUGUCUGACAUUCGAGAUCUCUUCCCCGACAAGGAGCCCUUCUACGCCGGUUACGGCAAUCGCAUCAAUGACGUGUGGGCCUACAGAGCCGUCGGCAUUCCCAUUAUGCGCAUCUUCACCAUCAACACCAAGGGCGAGCUGAAGCACGAGCUGACCCAAACAUUCCAGUCCUCUGGCUACAUCAAUCAGUCGCUAGAAGUCGACGAGUACUUUCCCCUGCUAACCCACCAAGAUGAUUUCGACUACCGGACGGACGUCUUCGACGACGAGGAGUCGGAGGAUGAGCUUCAGUUCAGCGACGAUUACGACGUGGACGCGGAGCACGGUGCGAGUGAGGAGAGCAGUGGGGAUGAGGAUGAGGACGAUGACGAGGCCCUCUACAAUGAUGAUUUUGCCAACGAUGACGAUGGCAUCCAAGCGGACGCGGCCUCCGGCGACGAAGAGUCGGCCGAUGUGGGUCUCAUAAUGCGAGUCCGCCGCGUCUCCUCCAAAAACGAGGUCAUCUUGGCCUCGCCCCCCAAGUGGUUAAAUUCCUAGACAUAGCUCCAGUCCUGUCCCAAAGCCGAAGGUUGUGCAGCUUGCAAAUUGUGAUAAGUUUUCUAAGAGAGAGAGAGUUAGGAGUGUCCUAUAUAUGUCUGUGCCUGAUGUGCCAGGUCCGCGAGCUCCAAGUUCGCCGACCAGUUAAGUUUUGAAAGUAUUCUGCUCCCAGCAGGUCUUUAUGUCUAGUUUUAAGGAUGACAAUUAUGUGAAAUACCCAACAAAAUAUACCUUUCAUUUCGCUGUGA